AUGGGCCGGUUGGCAAGAUGCACCACCAACCACUCCAAGGAGAAGAAUAUCAGGAGGAACCUUCACAAGUGGGUGGACAGGAGUGGACGCCAGUUGAACAUCGAGAUCAGCUUUGUGAGCUGCCCCGUUCGGACGAUCAGAAAGGGGCAGGUGAAACAAGAGGUUCAAGCUUGGCCUGUGGUGCAUUUCAGUCAAUGGCUGAGAUGUGCUCUUCAAGACUUUGGGGGCAAGCUAGUGCUAGGAGGGCACCACAUCACGGAGCAAGGUAAGUGGCAAGGCUUGUUCCAAACCUUUUGGGACACGUACAGGUCUGUUGACCCACAGCACCCCAUCUACGACAGUGUGUCCCAUGGCAACCAGUGCCUCUAUUUGCCCUACACCUUUCAUGGUGAUGAAGGCCGUGGAAAGAACAAGACCCCUCUUUUGAUCGAAUCUUUCCAAGUGGUCCUGACAAACAAGGGUGUCGACCAUACAAAUUUGAGUGGGCACACCUUCACCAACAGGUUCUUGUUCACUGCGAUGUCAUCUACAUCGUACACCGACAGUUCCUUAGAUGCGCUGCACCAGGGCAUGGCUGAGGAUUUGAACCGGCUUUUCACUGAAGGGGUAGAGGUGACCCUACCAAAUGGCGACCAUGUCAGGGUCUUUGCUGCCUGCAUUGGUGGUAAAGGGGAUUGGGUCUAUCUUCGGAAAGGGUUUGGCCUAUCCACUGGCUGGAAUUGCAGACGGCUGUGCCAUUGGUGUGACUGCCAGGCCGCUUAG